GCUUCUUCGGCAGUCGUAGCCCAGGCGCCUCUACGCAGUCUGACAAGAGAGAGAGAGUGCGCGAGCGAGUGACUGUCAGUUGACAUUUUAGGCUAGACCACUCCAAAAAAAAUGGCGCGUGAGGAUCCAACUUUGACGUCUCGCCUGGUGGCGGAGGCGUUCGGAACCUUCAUUCUCACAUUUUCGGUAUUCGCGAAUGUCAUUGGCGGUUCUGGUCCCGUUUUCACCGCGCUAUCGAUUGCGAGUACGCUCAUGGUGGCUAUUUACGCUCUGGGAGAAUGCUCGGGGGCGCAUCUGAACCCCGCUGUUUCGGUCGCAAUAUCUUUAUGUCAGCAACAAAAGUGGUCAACGACGGGCUACUAUGUCACAGCGCAGGUAAGCGCAUUUUCUUUUCCCUUAUUUCAACUUCUGCCUGCAUGCUCAUCAUUAUGCUCACCAUCAUCAUCGUCUUGUUUUUAACAUGGUGAAGUUCCCCACUGCCUAAAACUACUUCAUCCUUCGUUCACAAUGACCGAGUGCAGAAGAGGACUACCACAGUAAUAGAAAGUAUCAUUGAGUUGGAGAACGAUCUGUUCCCCGUACUCAAAGACUUCUUUGAAGACAAAAAGAUCAUGAACACUCUACUACUAGCUGUUGGGCUCCGCAUCUGCUGCAGCUUUCGCAUUCGGGGCUUACGGCAUGACUUUUAAACUGGAGCCUGGAGCGGGGCAUAGUAUCUGGGCCGCGGGAGCCUGCGAAACGCUCUUCACCUGCCUCCUUUGCUUUGUCGUGCUCAAUUGCGCUUGCGCAAAAGCGAACGCUGGAAACCAGUACUUUGGCCUCGCCAUUGGGUACACGAUUAUUUAUGACACAACGAGUGGGAUAAGGUCGAGGAUUCUUCACGAAGGGAAGAUACUAUAAUAGAUAACCCUCUUGUUUAGUUAGGUUCCACCUUCAAGUCACGUCUCCGUAAAUCUUUUUCUGGCGGUCCUAUAUCGCUAGCAGUCCUCAAACGGAUAGGUGAAGAUAGAGGAUGGCUCGCUUCUCCAAUCUUAUGAUUAUGAUUUAGAUUUUCCCACUUCAUAUAAAUGCGGGUGGUUUUGCGGCUGGCGCGGUAUCAGGUGCGAACCUAAAUCCUGCAAUCAGUUUUGCUAUUGAUGCGAGCUCGCUUUCGCUGUAUCACUCGCUGGCCUACUGUGGUUUCCAGUUAGCAGGUGCGGCACUAGCGGCAGGACUCUACAAAGUAUCUUUUGAUCAUGUCAGCAUCUAUUCAAAUUCGCUUAUAGGUCUUUACUUUCUAAGCAACGUAAAAACUAAGUAUAUUUUGCUUUACUUCAUCUAAAGCCAAGAUAUACUAUAGAGGUCGUUAUGGUUUUUUACUUUCUACUAGUACUAAAGCUUAGUCGUGUGUGAUCAAUUCAAUAUAUUUUGGCUUUCGAUGGUGAUUGAGUUUAACAGACUUGCCGCCCGUUGGAUCUGGCGCCGUCGCAUCUAGCUUUGGCACCGGCGGGGACGACGGAAAAGCUCUGUGCGGAAGGAGUGGGCGCAUUUUUCCUAACGCUCACGGCGUCCCUGAACGUAGCGCAGGGCGUCGUCUCGGCGGCGCUCUCUAUUGCCGCUGCUCUUACGUCAUUGAUCUAUGCGGUUGGGAGUGUGAGCGGUGCACACCUCAACCCGGCGGUGACCUUGGCCAUCGUUUUCUCAAAGCGUUCGCUCAUAGAACCAAGAGAGGCAGUGCGCUUCAUCUCCGUGCAAAUUUAAGGCAAAACUUUUUUUUCGACAUUCGAUUUCGAGGACUAUAGGGUGAGCAGUUUACUUUCAUUCUAUUCAACAUGCUGAACACUGCGAACUAUCCUGGUCAAAGGCAGAAAAGUUAGGUCACUCGUGACGAAAGGACUUCAGAAAAACCGAACUACAGUGUAAGUGAAAAUUAUUUAAUCUACUAAAAUGAUAUAGAAAUCGGGAGAAUACGAACAAGUGAAAAUUCUAAUCUACUAAGAUGAAGUAGUAGAUAUCGUAAUUGGGACGUCGAGAUGAAUUAGAUCUAGUCUCAACACUAUCACAUCUAACAAAGACUCGGUGCCAUUGCAGGUGCGUGCACAGCAGCAGCAAUUCUGUCUUCCAGCGGUCGCAAAACGACUUUUCCCAUCGCUCCGCCCGUAGGCAAAUCCUGGGUCGAACUUGCGAUCGCGGAGACACUGUUCACAGCUUUAUGAUGUAGGGUAGUAGACGACCACACCACAACAGGAACAUGAAAGAGAAUUCGUGCUGGAUAAGAAAAAAGUUAACAACCUGAAGACUCUACCUAGUAAUUAUGUCUUUUACUAUAAUUUCACCACGUGGUUUUUAGGAAGAUUGCAGGCCACCUAUGUUGAAAAUGUGCGUGCAGCCACGACGGGUAAGUAUCUGGAUAUGAGAUUUAAAUUUGAUUUUCUUGAGAUUAGAAUGUGCAAGCAUUACAAGAGGAACAAAAACGCAGCCAUUCUGGCGCUAAUUCGUGUGCUCUGCCUCGCCGUGCUUACGGUAGCUACUUCGGUUACGUCGCAGAGCAAGGACUUUUUUGGACUCGCCAUUGGAGCGUGCGUUGCCAUUGGUGGCUUCGCCGGCAGCUCUCUAGGUGCUGGAGUGCUGAAUCCGGCCGUGGCAGUUGGUUUUGACACGGCGCACAGUCUUUUGACGGACUCCAAAUUUCUGAACUCCUUGCUGUACUCGCUGAUGGAAGUAGCAGGUGCAGGGAUCGCCUCCGGAGUUUUCUACGUAACGCACACACAAGACUACGCUGUAGCAGAGGAGGAGGGCAAGGUCGUUUGAUGAUCGGAUCUGCAACAAAGGGUAGAUAAAUACUGGAUGCUGGGGCGGAUGAGGCUGCUCGCGAACGUUGAUGGUUUUCGACGUUGGAGAUAAGACAAAUCUAGAUGAUCAUCCCAUCAUUCGACGUCGGAUGUAAGAAAGAUCAAGAUGAUCAUCCCAUCAGCUACCAACGUGAGGACCAUGAAAAGCUGCGUGCUUGGGUUUGUCGCUGCAACAAGCAAAAUCGGAUCCAGGGCAACUACGAUCAUCACAAAUGAUGCCCUCGUCAAGAUCAUGCAGCUCCUCGCGCAUUACAGCGACGGCGGUCGAACUGCGUGCCCAGGGCAAGAUCCUCCGAGAGAAGAGAAAUUUGUCUUUUCAAACACGCACAUUCAACCUGUAUGGGUACGAACGUACAAGAUUAAGAUGCUCAAGUUCACGAACUGCGUGACAUGUUUUUUCCCGAAUUCUUUUUUCCCUGAAUCGUGAAUAGACUGCGAAUAGCAACCUUACCACGACGACUGCGGGUGUUAGACCCGCAGUGAACACCCGCAGUGCAUGAAUGAUAAUUGCAAGUCGGUUUGCCUGCUUGUUCUUUUCGAAAACACAACACUGACCGGGUCACUGGCUCUUAUGACAUAAGUGAACUUUUGAACAGUGGAUACACAGUCCAGUGAUGAACGCCGUAUGCAGAUAAUGAAGGUCUAUAGAUUGCGACUGGACUUCGCUAGAAGAAAC